AGGGAUUUCAGAGCCGUGCAGGUUGCAGCAGGGAUGGAUGGCGAUGCACACAGCCGACCGCCUGACCGAAGGUACACCGAGAUCAUCAAAAAGCAAAGCACCUCCUCCUCCUCCUGUCCUGAAAGGCCUGGAUGCUCCACUGCUGAGCCACAAGCUCCCAGUGUACCCUCACCCUGCCAUGGAGCAGAAGGAGAAUCUGCUGGAUCAGGACCUGACUCUCACCGUGGUCCUUCCUGAAGGGCUGGAGAAGACUAUGGUCGUCCAUGGCAGCAAGCCCAUGAUGGACCUGCUGGUCAUGCUUUGUGCGAAGUACCACCUGAACCCGUCUGGCCACACCAUAGAGCUCGUCACCACCAACAGGAACCAGGUGAAGUUCAAACCCAGCGCCCUCAUCGGAGCCCUAGAGGCUGAGAAGAUCCUGCUGAAACCGAAAGGCAUGGAGGACAAAAGCAAAAAGGCAGGACCGCAGAUGCCUGAGGCAACCGUACGAUUAGUGAUCAACUACAAGAAAACCCAGAAAACUAUUCUCAGGGUGAGUCCUCGGGUUCCUCUACAAGAACUACUUCCGGCGAUCUGCGAGAAAUGUGAAUUCGACCUGCAGACCACCGUUUUAUUACGAAAUGUCCACUCAGAAGACACUUUGGACCUGUGCGGCUCGCUCAAUGACUUUGGCCUGAGGGAAGUGUAUGCAAGAGACACCAAAGUAAUAAGCCCUGUAAGUCCUAUUAGUCCAGUAAGUCUGCCUCCAUCUCCAUCUCGCUCCGACAUAUUUCAUCAUGGGAAAGAGAAAAUCCAGAGGGAGAAAGAAAAGACACGAUUCAGCUUAUUUAGGAAAGGAAGUAAGAAGCAAUCCGAACAGUCUAUGACCGUGAGCGCACCGGCAUCUCCAGUGCACAGGAAGCAGAGGCCGGUCAGCAUGAGUUCCUUCAGCACGCAUUCGCCGAUUACAUACGAUUGCAAUACCAUGCCCUCCGACAUGCCAAAGAAAAGACGAGCCCCGUUGCCGCCGAGCAUGAUGUCACAGAGCAUGCCUACUGACCUAGGUCAUCACCACGGCAACACUCAAACCACCAUGCAUCACGAUGGCAACCAGUUAUUGUCAUUGGCCGUUUCUUGUAAUGCGGUGAUUGGGGCUCCCAGUGAGGCCCCUAACGUCAGUGUCGACGUAACGUCUCCGUUCCCUCCAUUAGGGAACAGGGCAGAACCGGUGUUGGCAUCUCCUCUGGAGGAGAUCAGGGAACAGGAAGAGAUGACUGUGAGCGCAGAAGGUCAGGUGGCUGCUGUGGAGGAGGAGGAUGACAGCAGCCUCAACCUGUCCGCUGACAUCUCUCUGGACUCGGGCCGAGCUGGGACAGCAACUCCCUCUCAAGAUUCGGAGAUUCUGGAAAGCAGGAUGGCCAGAGACAAUCUAUCAUGUGACCUGUCCCCAGAUGCUGAUGUAGCAGAAGCCACAGUGAAUGGAGAGAUUAAGUCGGACCAGGCUGCAAGCUCUCAAAUCCCAUCAGAAGAGAUAGAGCCCCCGGUGGGAAAGACAGAAGAGGCGAUUAAGCCUUCUGAAAGUUGCCCUGUUCUGGAGGAGGUUUCUGUGAGCACCGCAAAGAAGCCUGCAACUUUGUGCAACAAGCUUCAAACCUCCGAAUGCGGCAUCCAGACGUUGCACACGGACUUGCAAACGCAGGGCUUUGAUUCCAACACGGAGCCUAGCCGUGAAGACCAAACACCAAAAAUUGUCCCCAGUAUGGUCCGCUUCUCUCACACCGAGACGCAAAUGCAGACAGAACCCCAGAAACCCUCUGAGACAUCAAGCUCGUGCACUGAAUCCUCCACAGCUCCAUCUGCGUCCUCAACGGAACUAAAAAGAGACAUGGCCACUUCCACAGAAGAGCUGCUUGUUCCUGAACCACAUUCGUCUGCGAUCCAAGCAACCCAGGAUCUGACAUCUACACCAACCUCUAAAACAAAUACCGUACAGUACAUUGUAGAUGCCGAACCCAAACCCAAGCCAUCCAAUGAGCUCACCCGUGAAUACAUUCCCAAAGUAGGCAUGACCACCUACACCAUUGUGCCUCAGAAGUCUCUCGAAAAGUUGCGUUUCUUUGAAGUAGAGUUGACUUUGGAGCCCAAUGUAGACUACAAGCCUGAAACAAAGACCGUCUCCAAUGGUACAGUUGCUGUUAACGGCCAUCAGAACGUAUUUGAGCAAACUAGGCUUUGUACUUCACCUCCAGCUACUGUUUCAUCCCCUGUAGAAGGAACCAAGUCCAACAUCAAAAACAAGAAAGUUCCUCCGGCAACAAGACCCAAACCAGCUUCUUUCCGCCUGCCGCAGCACAAACGAACACCUGCGAAUUACGUCGCCUCCGCGGCUGUUCGCCGAGCGAGUGUUGGCAGUAAUAGCAGCAGCAGCAGUUGUUGUAGCAGUCCUGCAGCCCAGCCAAAAGAAACCGCAAGCAGCCCACAAUCAGAUGUGUUUACUGCACUGGAAAACUUCCCUCCUCCACCGCCACCAGUGCAAUGGGAAGAUGAGGAGAAUGCAAGAGCGAGUGAUGCACCUCAAACUGCAGAGGUAGAUGUAUCUCUACCCAAAGCUCCCAAAUUUCCACCGUUGUCUGUACUGUCCCGUCAGAAGAGUCUUUCCACUAACCCCACGCCUUCGCUGAGUCUAGAGAAGUUGAGAAGCUUCGCCGCACCCAAACCGUACUUGCCCUCAAUGUCCUCGCGCUUCGCUCAGGCCGUGUCUUCUGCUGUGAAACAGUCUGAGUCUCUUUCCCAUCCUCCUCUGAGACAGUUACCAAGCACUCAUCUCCUCACAAAACAGAGAUCCAUUACAGAGUCCCAAGAGCCAUCGGCCAGCACUGUGACAGACAAUGGAGAAGGACGCACAGAGAGAUCCGGAGAGGCCCCAUCACAAACAGCAGGCCACGGCGACCCAGCGCCGAGCUCUGCCCGAGAAGGAGGCAUGGGAACAUGUAAGAUUGGAAAUACUCAACCAUCACCAGUGAGUGAAUCUAACUCUAGAUCGAACCAUCACUAGCUGGGAUUCCAUCCAAACGUGAAGCCAAUCUUUUCAAAGUUUGCAAAAUAAGAACAAAAUAAAACCAAAUGCGAAUUAAGUGCAUUUCCAUCAAGUUGUUCGAGUGGAUGACAGUGGUAUUGGUAACCUAGUAACCAACAGUUAAUAAAUCAAGGCAAGUGGAAACAGCCGAUUAGUCAUGUGGGCUUCAUGCUCGCUGCAUCAGAAUUUAUUCUGCAAAUGCAUUUCCAUCUCCCAUUAUACACAUUAACUCUUUUUCACACAAGUCAAAAACCAUCUCAAGUAUGUGUAAAAACUUUUUUGUGAAUUAAGGGAUUUUCUUUUUUCAACGUUUGUGGUUUCCGUCACUGGUUUCUGAUGUAAUACUUAUACUAAUGCGCAUGAAAACGUGAUGGAAGCACUUGCAAACCCUGAUAAAACAGUAACCUUUAUUUUAAAGGUCCUUUGUG